CGGGUGUGCGCGCUGCUCCCAGUCGCUCGCUGCGCUCGGUCCCGGGCUUCCAGUCUCACGACCUGCGUCUUUUUGAGGCUCUGGGCGGGAACCGCAUUUUGGAACUGCUGUCCUUGGGACGGGGUAGCCUGGGCUUCUUAUUCAAGACUCGUGAGUCUUCCAGCUCCUUCUCUUUCUGCUUCUACCCACUUUCUGACUUGGAUUAGAUUUCCCUGCCGCCUCCAAAGCCGAACGCCCACCGCAGGAAGCGGUUCUCUCGUUGGGGACCUCAUUUUGGCUGCAGAGUCGUAGUCUUUUGUUUGUGUUUAAACGUAUGCUCACCUGAGGGGCUGCUGCUUUUCUCAGGCCGCCUCUCUUAAGAAACCAAAUAGAAACGAAGCCAGAAAGCCCCUUUGAGAGCAAAAUCCUAAGACUAUCGUGAUAUCUGGGAUGUGCUGGAAUCCAUUCUUGCCCCCUACACCCUAGAAUUGCUGUUUGAUGUCGGGAAAGGCGUUUCUUGGGUGCCUCAGGAGACCAUGUUUUUGUGAGAUCUUGAAAAAAAUUGUAAGUCCUAUAAAUAUUUGGGAAGAUAACUUAGUAGGGUUGGGAAUUCUAGUACAGAGAAAAGAGGGGCUUGCUGGUAGGAAUCUAUUCAUGGGCAUACAGAGCAGUAGCUGUCUAUCCACAGACCUCGAAAACACAGUGAGCCUUUGAGUUUCUUCAAAUCCCCUACGAAAUGGAGAACAGUAGUCUUUCUUCAGGGGAGUUCUGGAAUGAAAGAGCUGACUGUCUGCUCUGAGAUGUGCUUGUUAGUGGCCAGAAUCCAGUUUAAGUACAAUCAUGUUUGAAAUUAAGAAGAUCUGUUGCAUCGGUGCAGGCUAUGUUGGAGGACCCACGUGUAGUGUCAUUGCUCAUAUGUGUCCUGAAAUCAGGGUAACGGUUGUUGAUGUCAAUGAAUCAAGAAUCAAUGCAUGGAAUUCUCCUACACUUCCUAUUUAUGAGCCAGGACUAAAAGAAGUGGUAGAAUCCUGUCGAGGAAAGAAUCUAUUUUUUUCUACCAAUAUUGAUGAUGCCAUCAAAGAAGCUGAUCUUGUAUUUAUUUCUGUGAAUACUCCAACGAAAACCUAUGGAAUGGGGAAAGGCCGGGCAGCAGAUCUGAAGUAUAUUGAAGCUUGUGCUAGACGCAUUGUGCAAAACUCAAAUGGGUACAAAAUUGUGACUGAGAAAAGCACAGUUCCAGUGCGGGCAGCAGAAAGUAUUCGUCGCAUAUUUGAUGCAAACACAAAACCCAACUUGAAUUUACAGGUGCUGUCCAACCCUGAGUUUCUGGCAGAGGGAACAGCCAUCAAGGACCUAAAGAACCCAGACAGAGUACUGAUUGGAGGGGAUGAAACUCCAGAGGGCCAGAGAGCUGUGCAGGCCCUUUGUGCUGUAUAUGAGCACUGGGUUCCCAGAGAAAAGAUCCUCACCACUAAUACGUGGUCUUCAGAGCUUUCCAAACUGGCGGCAAAUGCUUUUCUUGCCCAGAGAAUAAGCAGCAUUAACUCCAUAAGUGCUCUGUGUGAAGCCACAGGAGCUGAUGUAGAAGAGGUAGCAACAGCCAUUGGAAUGGACCAGAGAAUUGGAAACAAGUUUCUAAAAGCCAGUGUUGGGUUUGGUGGGAGCUGCUUCCAAAAGGAUGUUCUGAAUUUGGUUUAUCUCUGUGAGGCUCUGAAUUUGCCAGAAGUCGCUCGUUAUUGGCAGCAGGUCAUAGACAUGAAUGACUACCAGAGGAGGAGGUUUGCUUCCCGGAUCAUAGAUAGUCUGUUUAAUACAGUAACUGAUAAGAAGAUAGCUAUUUUGGGGUUUGCAUUCAAAAAGGACACUGGUGAUACGAGAGAAUCUUCAAGUAUAUAUAUUAGCAAAUAUUUGAUGGAUGAAGGCGCACACCUCCAUAUAUAUGAUCCAAAAGUACCUAGGGAACAAAUAGUUGUGGAUCUUUCUCAUCCAGGUGUUUCAGAGGAUGACCAAGUGUCCCGGCUUGUGACCAUUUCCAAGGAUCCAUAUGAAGCAUGUGAUGGUGCCCAUGCUGUUGUUAUUUGCACUGAGUGGGACAUGUUUAAGGAACUGGAUUAUGAACGUAUUCAUAAAAAAAUGCUGAAGCCAGCCUUUAUCUUUGAUGGACGGCGUGUCCUGGAUGGGCUCCACAAUGAACUGCAGACCAUUGGCUUCCAGAUUGAAACAAUUGGCAAAAAGGUGUCUUCCAAGAGAAUUCCAUAUGCUCCUUCUGGUGAAAUUCCGAAGUUUAGUCUUCAGGAUCCACCUAACAAGAAACCUAAAGUGUAGACAUUGCCAUUUUUAUUUGUGAUUUUUUUGGUACUUCAGGAUAGCAAAUAUCUAUCUGAUAUUAAAUGGUAAAUGAACCAAGUGUUUUUAAGGAAACAAAAUUAUUUUUUUAAUCAUCAGAUUUAUACUAGCUAUAUGGGUAUUCGCAUAUCUGGUAAUUGAAUCUAGAAUUUUUUUUACAUAUUUUUAUAAUACUGUUAGCUCAGUUAUUGGAUGAGUGAAAGAUAAUCAUGUUGGUUUUAAUAGUGUCAAUUUUUGUAAAAUAAAAAUUAAACUUCAAACACUUUAUAAAUGUCCAUAGGCAGCACUUUAAUAUCACAUUAUAAAGGGAAGGACAGUCUUCAUUUUUGCUGGUUAUUGGUUUGCUUGUCAUUAAAUAUGUCCUUUGAAUCUAUGAAAAUGCUAUGCUAAAUAGCCUUUAACAUGUAUGGUCUGGUUAAAGUUCCUUUGAUCCUUUUAAUGAAAUGUGUCACUGAUUUUUUAGCUC